GGAUGUUAAAGGCCACACACGCUUUAUAAAAGACUGAAGGCGGGAUGCGUUGUUUAAAUUGAAGCUUUAUCAGUGUGGUAGGUUAGUUCAGUGUUCCGACAAAUCACUGCCUGAGAAAGCAUGGCUGGUGGCAAAGCAGGUAAAGAUUCGGGAAAGUCUAAGACAAAAGCGGUUUCCCGCUCCCAGAGAGCAGGGUUGCAGUUUCCUGUAGGUCGUAUUCACAGACAUCUAAAAUCCAGAACUACAAGCCACGGUCGCGUGGGAGCUACAGCCGCAGUGUACAGCGCGGCCAUUCUGGAGUAUCUUACUGCUGAGGUGUUGGAAUUGGCUGGAAAUGCAUCCAAAGAUUUGAAGGUGAAACGCAUUACGCCUCGCCAUUUACAACUGGCCAUUCGAGGUGACGAGGAACUUGAUUCUCUUAUCAAAGCCACAAUUGCCGGCGGCGGUGUUAUUCCACACAUUCACAAGUCUCUAAUUGGCAAGAAGGGUCAGCAGAAGACUGUCUAAACUCAGACGUGAAUUUGGAUGUUUUUAAAAAAAAAAAAAAAAAAGUUGAGUGGGGACUGGACUGUUCUAAUUUUAAAGUUUUAGCAGUUUUAGUUUUCCAUCUUCCAGGGUACAGUUCUGUGGCUUCAAAGAAGCUUUAAUUUUUUUGCUGUUUAGUACGUUUUUAGCUAGUAUUCCCAUAUUUAAAUUCAGUCUACCUUUUGUGUAUCCUGGACAGCAGUUUGGUUUUUUUGGGGGUGGAUAAUACAGCUGUACUUGAGUUCCCUUGUUGUUCGCUAUAAGGGAUAUAUGUUAUGUUUAAAAGAAUUAGUUCAAGGGUAGUACAUUUGACAAAUUUACUCGGUUACAAUACAUUGCUAAAGUAAUGGUGGUUUAUAAUGUAAAGUCUUGAUUAAAAUCUGUCAAACCAGU